ACGGGCCGCCGCAGCCGCCUUACAUUUUAACGAUGCAGCGGUGGGGACAAGUGCAGAAUAUAAUAGCCCAUCCACUACUCCAACCUUCAAUGGUCGCCAAUGCAAACUGUCCCAUUCACAACCUCAAAAGCUACUUCCCUUGCCUUCUCAUCGUCCCCAAAGCGUAGAAACAACUCCUCCAAUUCAAAUCCAACUUCUCUUCCUUCACAAGCUCAAACUAUAUGGAGGAGACUUCAAUAGCCCUAAUCCUUUCAUUUCCCUUGGAAUCCCUCAUUCCCUCGGCAGCUCGGCUUCUGGUUUGCUGAAGAACCUAAAGGUUUGAAGCUCUGGGUUUGAAAUUGGUAAUUUGGCACUUGGCAGUGUGCUUCCAGAGUUCCAGCUUUUCAGUGUGAUUUUGGCACUUUGGCAAUUGGCAAUUUGGCAGUGUGUAGUGUGUUUGUUAAUUGUUAGUUUAGACUUUAGACUUGGUUUAUUUUUUAUUUUUUAACUUUUUCAAGUGUAAUUCUCUAUUAAUUGUGGAAUAAUUUGUUAAUCUUUCGGGUUUUUGGUAACCGGUUUUGGCCGGUUAUAGCAAUUUUAAUCGGUGACCGACCGUUUGCUCACCCCUAUCAACAAAGGAGAUUCUUUUAUUAUCCUUCAUUUCUUGGGAAAAAGAUGUCUCUUUUGAGCAAACUCCCUUGUAUUUCUUCUUCUGCUAAUGCCAGAUUGAGAAAAAUCGAAUCUUUUUCCCUAAACCCAGUUUGCUCAAUACACUAUGCAUCCUGUUCCAAUUCCCCGUUCACUGAGAAGCAUUCAGCCGAGAGGUACCAGAGGGACAACUGGAUUUACAAGAACAAAUUGGAGCAGCCCUCUUCUUGCCCGCUCCCAGCUGACCCUGACCCUACCUUUGUCAGGGACUAUGACAUUGCUCAGCAGCUCCCUGAGCUCAAGAAAUUGCUUCUGGUCUUGAGGGAGAAGAGAGGGGAAAAUGGUAGCGGUGAGAAGAGAGGGCCCGGGAAUGUGUUUUUGGUGGGGACGGGGCCAGGGGACCCAGAAUUGUUGACUCUCAAGGCAUUGAAAGUGAUUCAGAAUGCUGAUUUGCUGUUGUAUGAUAGAUUGGUUUCUAAUGAUGUGCUCAGUUUAGUGGGUCCUGAUGCUAGGCUUCUCUAUGUUGGCAAAACUGCUGGGUACCAUAGCAGAACACAGGAAGAAAUUCACGAGUUGCUUUUGAGUUUCGCUGAAGUUGGGGCCAAUGUUGUGCGUCUGAAAGGAGGUGAUCCAUUGGUGUUUGGACGGGGUGGAGAAGAGAUGGACUUUCUACAACAACAAGGAAUUGAAGUGAAAGUCAUUCCUGGUAUUACGGCAGCUUCUGGAAUAGCUGCAGAGCUCGGAAUCCCAUUGACACACCGUGGCAUUUCCAAUAGUGUUAGAUUUCUUACUGGCCACUCUAGAAAAGGAGGAUCAGAUCCUCUAUUUGUAGCAGAGAACGCUGCUGACCCUGACUCUACCUUGAUUGUUUAUAUGGGAUUGUCAACUCUUCCUUCUCUUGCCUCAAAGUUGAUGUAUCAUGGCCUACCUCCGGAUACACCGGCUGCUGCUGUUGAACGAGGGACCACGCCACAACAACGCUCAGUAUUUGCUGAAUUGAACAAUCUAGCCGAUGAAAUUGCUUCACAUCAAUUGGUAUCACCAACUUUGAUCAUCAUCGGGAAGGUUGUUGCACUUUCACCAUUGUGGCCAUAUUCUACUGAAGGGGCUCCGAUCUUGGUUGAGGCCAAAUUGUAGGCGGAGAUCAUGCACUCAUGAUGGCCAACAAGCGUUAUUUGCAGGUAAUAAUAUAUGGCCAUGCUAAUUAGGCAAGAAUGCUGCAGCUUACUGCUUUUUUGAGCUGAAUCUCAUAUGAGAUGAAUGCUACUAACGAUUCUUUACGAAGAAAAACGAUGGAUUUGGGCAUUGGAGGAGCAAAAUGAACAACAUUUUCUUUGGUCUGUUUAAAGUGUAGAUGGGAUAGGUAAAUCUUGAUUGUGGCUACUGCCUACUGGCUGUUCAUUGAGUUAUACCCAAUAGUAGAUUAAUCAUUUUCUUUAAGGGAUGAGGAUUUGAGAUUGAUAAAUUUUAUUUGGGGAAAUUGCAGCUUUAGGCUUUGAAUUAAGGUAGGUGUAAUUUUGAAUCCUAAUCAAUAUGGAGUUGGAAAUUAGUCA